AUGGCUUGUAAAGCUAAGCUUAUGAUUCCUGAGGAUGAUAAGUAUCAAGGAAAGGUGUUAGCCCUUUCACACCCAAGGACCGCCAUUACAACAAUAAAGGCGAAGUUCAGUAGGCAGCAAUUACAGAGGUUCGAGGGUAGUUGUUUUGGUCAUCUAUUACUGAUAGAGGACCUAAACUGGACAGCACAAAUUUUCCACGGGUUGUUGAUGAGGAAGGCUCAUCCUAAGAGUGUUAAACAGGUGAAUGGGAUAAAAUUCAUUGUGGGUAACAAGUUGAUACAAUUCACUGCCCAACACUUUUGCCUCAUCACGGGGCUAAGGUUUGGAAAGCUCCCUUUCAUUCCGAAGGUGACAAAUGAAAACUGCUCGUUGAAGCGAAAAUACUUCAGCACCAAUAAACCUGCCACUGUUUCAGACCUACACAAUGCCUUCAUCGAUUGCAUAGAUGAUGAGGAUGUGGUAAAGCUUGGAAUGGUAUAUUUUGCCGUUUUUGUGCUAUUGGGUACUGAAAAGCACGUGAACAUUGACAUGCGCUAUUUGAAGUUGGCCGAAGACCUAGAAGAGUUUGACAAGUAUCCAUGGGGGGCCGUGUCGUAUGCGAUGACAAACAAUUCACUUUUAAGGGCAAUCUGUUCAGAUUACCAACGAGUUAAAGUGCCCCAAAAAAGGAAAAUAACCAAAAAAAGUGGAACAAGAGCACAUACAAGAAUGCCAAGUGCUAGACCGAGAGAGUACACCAUAAAGGGGUUUGGCUUCGCUCUUCAGAUUUGGGCAUUUGAAGUCUUCCCAGCAUUGGAAGCAUUGCAUUUCGUGGUGCAUGAAGACAAUAGGCACAUCCCCCGAAUAUUACAUUGGAGGACCAACACGGUGGCCCGUUUUCGCGACCUCAUGAGUCAAGUUUAUGAAAAUGUUGAGGUUGAUGUGCAACUUCACCAGCCCACUGAUAUUGAGAAGAAACAACCUUACUGGAGUUGGGGUGAUGCUGAGAACAAUGAAGAAAUUGUUGAAUUGUUUGGGGAUGAGGCCGAACAAAAUACCAGCAGUUCCAACGAAGCAGCAAACAAGGAAGUUGAGGACACAGUACCCUUCCCUCAUCUUCUAAGUAAGGAUGAGUUGGCAAAGCUACGCACUUCAAAUCGAGGCCCUAGGAAUAGAGUGCGUGAGUUGGAAGGGAUUGUAGACAAGAAUUAUUUGAAGCAAGAGGACUGUGAAAAAAAUAAAAAGGCUAUUCGCGAUUUGACCCGCACAAUUGCUUCAAUCGAACACUAUUUAAAGAUGGAGAUGAAGGACCUAAAAAAACAAUAUGGUGGAGAAGCAGAUGAGGAAGUGUCUACUCCUCAUAUGAAUGAAAGAGGGCAGAAUGAUAUGUCACGCUUAAAUGAACCUAUUAGUCCGACUACAACAGAGGCUGAACUGGAAGCAGAAGUCUAUGGUGAUGGAGUGGAAGCGUUCCCAGCCAUGCAUACACAAGGGGCUCAAACGGAAGCAGAAGUCAACGGUGAUGAAGUGGAAACCUUCCCAGCCAUGCAUACAGAAGGGGCUGAAAUGGAACAAGAAGUACCCGGUGAUAGAGUGGGAGCCUUCCCAGCCAUGGAAGUUGAAGGCACUAAAAUUGAGACUUCAGUUGGGGACAAACAAGUGCAGCAACAACCUGACAAGGUUCCUACUUCUGAAGAUGUGAAGGAUUGGAAGAAGACAGAAAUAGAGGCGGUGGGAGGCAAGCUGAGGGCUCGCAAGAAAACCAAGUUAACUGUGGCUAGUGAUGAAGGGAACAAAAAAGUUACAGCCACGGUUCAGAAACAAGAUGCGGGGGGCAAAGGGUGCAGAGUGCAACAGCCAACGACAACAUUGUUGAGUCCAUUCACCGAUCCCUACAGGAAAAAGAGGACGCUUACUGAUUUAGAUGCACCGAUACCCGAAGCUCGUUUUGAUCCAAGAAAACUCAUGGCCAUGGACGAUGUGAAUGCAGUAAUACAAGUUUGCAGGGCUUGGCAAAGUGACAUCAAUGCGGAGCUCGAGCUCGAACCAUUUGUAGUUGGGACAAAUUUUUUUUACAAACUUGUAGAUGAAACUGCAUGGAUGAGUUCAAGACCGUUGACAAAGCCUCGUACGAAACGAGUUACGACGACACAAGCUGCUUCAAGGACCGUUGACCCGCCACCUAACUACGUCAGAAAUAUACAGCACUUUGUCGACGGUACCUGGCAACAUGGGUAUGCGCAAGCUUGGACAAAACUGCGCAAGGUCUAUGUCCCAUAUAAUGUUCGACAGUGCCAUUGGGUGGCUGUAGAAAUCGACCUUGUCCGACAUACUGUCACUGUGUAUGACUCAUAUACUGCUUUUACCUCCAACACGAUGCUUGGUAGAUAUAUGGAGCCUAUUACCCAUAUGCUUGCACAGGUGCUUUACGAAAUGCGAUUUUAUGAGAAAUCAGAGGUUGAAGCGGUAAACAAAAAGGGGAUUGACAUGUCCAAGUUUACUCCUUUCUCAAUUUGCAGAAUUCCAGAUGUUCCUCAACAAACUGAUGGUACCUCACGCGGCAUUAUGACAAUCAAAUUCAUUGAGUAUCUAAGUGCCGGCAUUCCUUUUCAUACCAUUGACCCUUCCAAGUUUGGGUACUACCGAUUGAAGCUUGCAAUCGAGGCGUUCAGGGGGGAAGCCGGUGUAUGA